AUGAUUUUACAUUUUGAACUGGCUGUUAGAUUGAUGUUAUUUCACCGAUGUCACCACUCACCAGCGUAAAUAAGACAAAGAUACUUUUUGUGGGGACCGGAGAGUGCCUACCUUUUACCAUUCGACGAUAGUUAAGCUACCACGAGGGUCGAGUCGAGGAUUAACAGGUCCACUGUUUACACUGGCAAUUCGAACCCGAACAUUUAAUGUUAAUCAAUCUGAUUACUGUGGUUAGUUCCCAUUACGAAGUUCAAGAUUCCAAAUUUGGUUAUGUUCUAUAUCAAAUAAAUGAAUUAAUAUUAUAAUUGCCGGUCUUGCUACAUAGAAAUAUCGUAAUGGCUGAUAAUCCUGUGUCAUCUCUUCAAAUUGCAAUUCAUGAUUCUGGAGGACUUCAUCUGGUGGAAGGAUGGCCAGCCUUUGGAAAGGAAAAACUUGAAUUUAAGUGUGCUGGGAAAGUCAAGACAUUCACUUUUACCAAAGAUGGGAAAAAGUUUGCUCUCAUUGCCAAUGGAUGCAUACAGAUUAUGAGCUCAACUUCAUGGACAUUAGAGCACACACUUGAGCAUCCAACAGCUCAGGAGAUCAUGUGGUCUCCUGCUGGCAAUUACUUGGCUGUCUGGUGCCUUUAUGUCAAAAAAGGGGACACUGGUGCACCAAACCUUCACAUCUACAACACAACAGGAGGAUGCACUCUUUUGAAGUCCUUCUACCAGAUCAAUCAACUCAACUGGGAGCCGCAGUGGACAGGCGAUGACUCACUGAUGGGUCGUAACGUGACCAAUGAAGUGCACUUCUUCAAGUGCCCGAGUCUUGACAAGAUCGCUCACAAGCGCGUCCAACCAAAGCUAAAGAAUUUCUCACUCAGCCCUUCUACCUCUGGACAUCUUGUCGCAUUUUUUACUCCUAGUAUAAAAGGUGCACCUUGUUUGGCUAAUGUCUACAAGUACCCACACUUCAAGGAGAACUCACGCCCUCUUGUGUCUAAGAGCUUCUAUAAUGUGGAUUCUGUGGAGUUCAUGUGGAACAAACAGUGCAAUGCAGUCCUGCUGCUCACCAGCGCUGAGAAGAGCAACUCUGGCAGCUACUAUGGUGAACGUAUGGUCUUCCUCCUCAACGCCAAGACUGAGGAUGCUAUCAGACUUACGUUCAAUAAAGAUGGCCCUGUGAACGCAGUAGCCUGGUCUCCAGAUGGCAAAACUUUUCUAGCCGUCCACGGCAGCAACCCGGCCGCCUGUUCUGUCUUUGAUGCUAAAGGCGACUUGCUUCACAGUCUCGAGGAAGACACCAAUGUUCGGCAGGUAUGGGACCUGAAGAAGGCGUCGAGGCUGUGCGUGCAGGAGUGUCCUGAUGUCACUUUCAUGGACUGGUCGCCCUGUGGUCGAUACCUCCUCACCUCCACCUGCUCCCCCAGACUCAGGGUCAACAAUGGGUAUCGUAUCUACCAUUACUCGGGAUCGCUGCAGUUCGAGUACCUGUGCCCAGCUGGUACUGAGCUCUACAACACACAAUGGGUUCCUGAGCCAGCUGCUGUGAAGCCAUUUGUACCAUCUGCCGCCAAGGUAGCUGGCAUCACCAGCGCAGUCAAGACAGCGUCAACGGAGCGGUACAUUCCUCCUGGGCAGCGGGCGGCGAUGAGCGCCGGUGACCAAUACGUGUUGACGUGCAAGCAGUUUCUCAGACAAAUAGACAAGUACGACCCAAACUCUCCUGCUGCAGCUGCAAACCAAGCGCCAUUGAGCAAGACUGCCGCCCGAAACAAGAAGCGUAAGGAAGCGAAGAAAGCCCAGGAGCUGCAGGCGCUGGCUGAGAAGAACAUGACCGUCUUCGAGGAGCCUGAGGAGUUCAAGAUGAAGAGCAAGAAGAAGGAAGCUGUCGAGGCAGCUGUCACAACCGUCCAGCUAUCAGGAGACUCCGAAAAGAAAGUUAAAGUCAUCAAGAAGAAGCUGCAGAGGAUAGAGAAGCUAAGGAAGGAUAAAGCAGAAGGCAAGGCACUGGACAAGCAGCAGACGACGCUGCUGGAGUCGGAGCGCGAACUCGUGGCUCAGCUUAAGAGCCUUGCGCUCUGACCUCUCGACGUCCUAAUCUUUGGAACUUUUAUGCUGUAUUUCAGUUGUUGACCUCGAGUGCCACCUUUUGGAUCUUCAUUUGUUUGUAUCAGUUGGUGACGUCCUGUGUGCUACAUCUGUAAACUUUAAUUGUUGACUGGGGAAAACCACCGAUUGGAAUUUGAGGCACUGAUCACAGUCCCUGAGUUACCUUGGGCCGCUUAUUGGAAUUUUGCAUUGUAAACCUCAGUUGUUGACCUCCUGGAAUUUCAGUUAUGUGCUUAUUUAAUUACAGCUUGAGAAUAUGCUUCAAGGGCUACCUAAUGCUCUGGAAAUAGAAUUUCGUUCGUGACUUCUCUCCAACCCCUAGAGAGCAUCCACUUUGUUGAAGCACCAUUUUCAAAACUCAUUUAUCCCAGUAAUCGUUUUCUUGAUUGCCAUGCCCAAGAUAUUCAAAUAAUAUAGCGGUUUCAGUGUUUAUUAUUAGGCCGUUGGCCUGUCUCCGAUUCUUAACAUCACAGAACAUUCACAGCUUAUACUGAAUGGUUUAGGAAUUUAAAUGGAUCAACUACAAAUUACUUUAAUUCGUCCCGAACUCCUCCAUGAUACAACGUUAAUGACAAAAUACUAUGCUUCUGUGAAAUUUUCUCAGUCGAUAUUUUAAAGUAUUGUAACUUGAGUUUUUUUACCUUUUUGAUAUCGAUAGAAUUUGCUGCUGAUAGUGAUAUACUUUUUUCGGAGUGUGAGGAAAAGCGAAGUACGCAAGGUAAGGGCAUACGAGACUCACUUAGGUAGGUAGCUUUGAGCACUCGAUUUUUUACUAAUAACUAUUUUUAAUAUUGAGAAAAUUGCUCUGUUCGAAAGAUAUGAUCAUUGAGUGCUUAAAUUGCUUGAGAUCAAGCUACAAAAAAAUUAAACACACAACCAAUCUCAUUCUAACUUGAACACAUCUUCAUUCGUUGACUAAUUCGUGUAUUUCAUGUUAGAAAAACUAGGAUGAAGGUGGUCGUGGACUAAGGUGCAGAAUUCUUAAUCGAUACUCGAAUCAAACUUUCACGUGUGUACUUUGAUGAAUGGAAUACGGCAGCUGGCAGCAUGCGCGUCCUCAGGUUCUGCGGGUUACGAAACCAAGAACUGCUAUGGCGAUUUGCUUCAUCUUGAAUACGUGUCGGUUCCCUGACAAUUCAUCAUAAACCUUUCAUCAUUGGGAUAUUUCAUCCGUUACCAAUUUAACCUAGCCUAACCUACAUAUAUUUAUGUUUAUAAAAUGCUUUUUAUACAAUGAUGAAAAUUUAUGGUGAAUUGACAUAGUGAUGAAAUGUCUCGUACGAUGAGGUGUCUGGCCACCAUUCGCGCCACCUUGGAAGCGCCAUCUCGCGGCCGCUGCCGCAGCAUUACGUUUAUUGUUGAAGUUCAAUUGUGGUCUUGCCGCGCCUUUUGUGACUGAGUGAGUUGUCUUCUCCUGUGUAACGCUUUGUUUUGUUCCAAGAAAUAAACUGAAGCUCAGAGA